AAUAACCAACUCCAUAACGAAUGGAUACUUUAUAACCCUAUUGGAAAUAACACAACAAUACAAUUAACACCACAAUUGCGAGAUUGUAUGAGCGAAAUAAUCUUUAAUAUAACAACAUACGAUGAAACAAUUGGAGCUUUACAAAUAAUAGAAACACAAGAUCACGACUCAGAAAACGAAGAAAAAUCCGAUUGUUCGUUUGAAAUUUCAACCUGA